CCACGUCGUUCUCCUAGCACCUGCACCUUAUCCUCUUCUUGCUCCCCUCCUCUCUCUCUCUCUCUCUAGCCGAGCGAGCAACCAGCCCCAAAAACCCCUCCCCGAGAUCAUCACAUUCUAUAUAUCCAUCAGCAGCUCACCGCAUUCGCAUCAUCACCUGCAACGAGCAAUCAAUCCCCAGAUUUUCACCGACGGAACACAGGCAAGGCCGUGACUAGCAGCCCAUCGACCGGCGACCAGCAGCUAGCAAUGGCGGCGGCAGCGGCGGAGGGGACGGCGAAGAAGAGCGGCGGCGAGAUGACGGUGGUGCGCGGGCUGGACGUGGCGCGGUACAUGGGGCGCUGGUACGAGAUCGCGUCGGUCCCGUCCUUCUUCCAGCCCCGGGACGGCCGGAACACGCGCGCCACGUACGCGCUGCAGGAGGACGGCGCGACGGUGGACGUGCUCAACGAGACGUGGAGCAAGGGUAAGCGCGACUACAUCGAGGGGACGGCGUACAAGGCCGACCCCGCCAGCGACGAGGCCAAGCUCAAGGUCAAGUUCUACCUCCCGCCCUUCCUCCCAAUCAUCCCCGUCGUCGGCGACUACUGGGUGCUCUACGUCGACGACGACUACCAGUACGCGAUCGUCGGCGAGCCGCGCCGCAAGAACCUCUGGAUCCUGUGCAGGAAGACGAGCAUCGACGAGGAGGUGUACAACCAGCUGGUGGAGCGGGCCAGGGAGGAAGGCUACGACGUGAGCAAGCUGCACAGGACGCCGCAGGACGACCCGCCGCCGGAGAGCGACGCCGCGCCCACCGACACCAAGGGGGUCUGGUGGUUCAAGUCGCUCUUCGGCAAAUGAUCGUCCAUCACAUUGCUGCGCUUGCUUGCUGCUUGUUGCUUGCUAGCUAGCUAGUACACUAGUGAAUCUAUCUGCUAUAAUCCGUGCCGCGCGCGGCGAAUAAAAUUGGAUUGCUGCUGAAUUCUUCUCCGUCUGCUGUUAGUAUACCUAUGUAUGUUCUUGUUGCGUUAUACAUGUGCUUGGAAUUUGGAGGAAUCGAUGGAGUAAAUUAGACUGUACGUCUUAUUAGUUGUUUUAUUAUUUCUAUGUAUAUAAAUUUACUAUGUAAACUAGACAUAAUAUAUAUCUAGAUGGGUGCUGAAA